GGCCUUGCACGCAAAGAACGACCCGACCUACCUCACGAGGUAAUGCCUGCUGCCAGCCUCCUCAUAAUCAUGUCUUCGCUUGCCGCGCCAACCGUCGAGCGUGAGAGUGUGCGCCCAACUCACGCCCAACUCGCGCCCACUAAUGCCGACUACUCCUCGACUGACGCUGGCACGCUCCGCGAGGACGUGCGGCCAGUCACCUGCUCGACCAAAUGCAACACACUAUUCAUGAAGAAGGAAGGCGCGUGCUCAUGCACGCACAGCGUGUGGAAGAUCACAUUGUGGGCGUUCGGUGCUAUCUCUGGCGUCAUAGCCCUCAGCGCCCUCCUCAGCGCUGCGAACAGGCUGAUGGAAAAAGGAAUGUCGGCGUCGACCGAGCUUCAGCCCGCGACGGAGUCGAAGCAGCCCGACGGCACCACCCCCCGCCGUCGCGCCUCCUAGAACCCACGCGUACUGUGUCGUGUCGUCGUGCGCCGUUUGUGCGGUCUUGUACACCAAGUACACAGCCUGUCGU